CCCCUGUCCACCGGUCGACGUGUCGCAUACGACUGCAGAAGCGGGCACGCAUUCCGGGUCAGCGCCCUCUAAUCUGCCUAUCGCGAGCGUCAUACCUCCCCCUCGGGCACAAGAGUCAAGCGCGGCCGGGACCAAAGCGACGUCGAAGAAGGCAGGAGCGACGAAGAAGGCGACGACGAAAAGAAAGUCAACGCAGGCAGCGAAGGAAACGACAACGAAACAGCCAACGACGACAUCGAAGCCUACGACGGGGACACCACCCAAGGAUUAUGGGAAAAUGAAUUGGCGAUCCGUAUGCCUUCCUAUCCUUUUCCGAGAGUACAAACGAGGCUUUGUUGGCCCGCUCCAAGGCAUGAAUCAAGCUCGUACCUACAUCUUGUCGGCAACGGAUUACUACGCUGCCAUCGACAUGUACGGCAUCGUCGUCUUCGCCGUUGCGACUGUUGGCUCCAAGGGUCGCUUGCUAUGCGGCUGGGCGGAGCCGAGCACCGAAGCGCAACAAAGUGCGAGUGGAAUCGAUGUUACUCACCAUAUCAUUGACACCAACUGCCCUGAAUGGGACUUGAGUAAUAGCUCAGACGCUAUCGACUUCGCUAUCUUCCUUUCGCUCCUUCGCACGCACCACAUCCCUCACGUCGUCGAGGAAUUCCAGAAAAAGCGGGCCGACUUCGUCGCCCAGUGGCGCGACGAUGCCACUCGUGAUCACUUCAACUGGUCGAUGCUACAUCAGCAGAAGUUCUCACCCGCCUACAAGGAUGCCAAGGAUCGGAAGGCAGCCCAGGAUAAGGAAUAUCGGGCCCUUCAGCAGCAAAUAAAAGCCCUCCUCGAUAAAAAUGCCAAAAAGAAGAAAGCGCGCGAUAAUGAAGCCGAUGCACAGGGGGAUGAGCAGGAGGAACAGGAGGAUGGCGGCGAGGAUGAGGGGGCCAAGGGGGAUGGGGAUGGGGGUGCGGAUGAUGACGAGCGCGAGGAACAGGCGGACGAGGAGGACGAGGAGGACGAGGAGGACGAGGAAAUGGCGGACGCGCAGGACGAGGAAAUGGAGGACGCGCAGGACGAGGAAAUGGAGGACGAGGAGGACGAGGACACGAAGGCGUUGAAGGCCGCCAGGAAGGCCAGGUACGCCGAGCAGAAGGCCGCGACGGCUGCCAGGCUAGCAGACUACGCUGCCAAGAAGGCCGAUGCGCAGAGAGUCAGAGAGGCGGAAAUGAAGAGAUUGGCGGAUGACAGGGCUGAGCGGUUAAGCAAUCGUUCUAAUCAGUCGGCCGGUCGAUAGCUCUUCAGUAUGCUUGUUUAGAAGCGAAUUCGCACAUGCCAAUGUAUCGUCUACAUGUUCUAUUCAGAGUGCGUGUCGUUU